AUGAAUGAUAUCAACACUUUCCUCUGGGAAAUUAACCAGGACAAACCAAAGGAAUAUGCAGUUCUCAUGUACGAUGCAGCUGGAAAGCUGGGCAGCAAUGUUGAAGCAGGAAAUGUCAACCAGCCCGGCUCUCUGCAGCAGUGCCGCUCCACUGUCGGCCCCAGCUUCUCUGGACUAUACUGCCAGGUGUUUCUGCGGCAGGGACCAGUCCAGUACUUUGUGGGUAUUUGUGUUCCUGACUCCUGCACAGAAGAGGAUGUGAAAACCUUGGUGCUUCAAGGCAAACUUAAGUUUAAUCAGACGUCCCUCGUUAAACCCAUACCUCACAUCCUCAUCAACCAGUCCAGUCAGGAGAUGAUCAUGACUCACUGUUUGGCUGACACAUUUGCUCCAGAUGCAUCUGAUAUAACCAGCUUGUUUGUGUGUUGUGUAAUGAUUGCAGUUCCUCUGGCAGCUACGCUGUUUACAGCAUUGAUGAAAUCCGAACGGAGUGAACCGGUCAACCCCGCAGCAGAGUUUUCCCAUAUAAAUAAUGGCCUCAACGUGUACGGGACCUUGGAGACCGAUGAGUCGUCCAGCACUGAAAUGCAUAGCAGUGUAUUGGAAGAAAACUACAGCGCCAAUCCUGUGCGGCUGUGGAUUUCUCGAAGCUGUGCGUACGGCUGGCUUCAGGCUUUCUCUCUGCAGACUACCAGCCAGGGUCUCUUCAGCAACUCUUCCUCCAUCCCCGGUGGAGGCUACUCCUCGCUGAACGGCAUCCGUGUUCUCAGUUUGUUGUGGAUCAUAUGUGGACACUCCGCACAGUUCCCAGUAAUUAACAACCUGGAUAACUACAAAACCUGGAAGAAAACAGUUGAGAGCAGCCCAUUUUACGUGCUUUCCAUCAGCGGGCCGGUGUUUCUGGCUGUAGACACCUUCUUGUUGCUGGGAGGACUGCUCAGUGCCAGGUCCCUGCUGAGCUCCAUCAACAAGGCUGAAGACAAACUGAGUGCCAGUUUGGUUGCAAAUUACCUCUUCAAAAGACUUAAAAGAAUUCAGCCCCUGCAUCUGUUUACUAUGUGCCUAACCAUCAGCCUCAUCUCUUUGGUUCAGUGGGGGCCGUACUGGUUCCCAUUUAUAGACACAAUGAUGGAUUGUAAGACAUACUGGUGGGCUAACUUACUGCUGAUUAGUAAUCUCCUCCCAGUCCAUGAGAUAUGUAUUCCUUGGACAUGGUACCUGUCUUUAGACUUCCAGUGUUAUACCACCACCCCUGUGUUGGUGUAUUUUUACAGACUCAACAGGGGUGUGUUUGUAGUUGUGGCAGGAGGUCUUCUGCUGAUGACCACUGUGGCCGGCGCUGUUACAACCGCACUCCUUCAUUUACCAGUUUUCCAGCCAUCUACAAUGACAUCUGAGAACUAUGUUUUGUAUUAUUAUGUGAAACCCUACACAAGAUAUGGACCAUUUUUACUGGGGAUCAUGACUGGAAUAUACCUGACAACAAAGGAAGAGCACCUGUUAAAGAAAAAGUGGCAGGCAGCCCUUGGCUGGUUCUGUUGUUUGUCACUGAUGGCAGUGUUGGUGGGAUUGCCCUACAUCCUCAGGGAGACCCCAGCCUACCCAUCUCUGCCACAUGCGCUGUAUCAGGGGCUGCACAGACCCCUCUGGGCACUGACCGUGAGUUGGAUCAUAGUGGCCUGUGAGGAGGGUUAUGGAGGUUUUAUCACAAAAGUUUUAUCACUAAGCUUCUGGAUUCCUCUCUCCAACAUUAGUUUUGCCUGCUAUCUAGUACAUCCUGUCUUCAUCAUCCUCUACAAUGGCUUGCAAGAGACUCCGAUCCACUACACGGAUAUCAACUUUAUGUACCUGUUCUUUGGUCACCUGGUGCUAACGCUGGUGGCGAGCUACAUUCUCACUCUGCUGGUGGAGAAGCCUUAUCUCCUCUUGAAAUGGGACCGCGUUUAG